AUGAGGGCCUGCCAGCGGAGGCUGGGCUGCCUGGGCCGACAGGCCAGGGGUCUCCUGUGGCCCAUCACGGCAGCCUCAGGCCUGCUCCUCCUCACCGCCCUAUCGUCUUUUACUGGGGAGCUCGAAAAGCUGGCCAGCCUCCGGAUCCGAGGACCACCAAAUGCCAGACCCCCUGCACCAGCUCCAAAGAGGCAAUCUCCAGCGCUACCAGAAAACAGAUUGGAAACAGCAUCCCCUGGGGUGAAGCUCAUAAAGGGGAGAAGCCCACCACCUUCACAGCCCUGGAGCCCAGCCCACUCUCAGGCCAGGAGGCAAAUGCCAGAGGGACAGCCUGGGAUGACUCCCCGGGCUCUGGGGCCAGAAACCUCGGCCAGAGCCCAAGACAAAAGGAGGACAGCGAUGCCAAGGAUUCAGGGAGAGAGAAGGAGUCCGGGGAGAAGCCAGAGAAGACGACCAUCAGCUCCUGAGAAGGGGUUUCCAGUGGCAGCCCAAGAAAAGAAGACUUGGCCAUGGCCUGGACCCAAUCCAGCCCAAAAGGCAAAGAUGCCUUCUCCCAGGGGAAGAGCCCUGACCUCUUCUGCCCCUGGUAACACCUCUGCCCGGAGUACCUCUCCAGCCCAAUAUAUCCCUCCAGCUCGGGAAACCUCAGCCUGGAGCACCCCUUACCCCCAGGACAGCCCUCCCGGCCAGAGCCAGAGCUCCACUCCCUGGGGCAAGCAGAGACUGAAGGCAGCGAGAUUCAAGUCUGAGCCGCAGUGGGACUUUGAAGAAAAUUACACCUUGGAGGCCAAGGGCCCACAGACCAGCUGUCCCGACUCGAUCAAGGCCAAGGUCACCCGAUCACCAUGGCUCCGGGACCUCUUCCUGCCCAACCUCACGCUGUUCCUGGAUGCAGCUCAUUUCAGCCAAGCAGAGUGGCAGCGACUGGAGCACUUUGUUCCUCCUUUUGGCUUCAUGGAGCUCAACCAGACCCUGGUACAGGAGGUCCUGGCACAGAUUCCUGCUGUGCCCCAGCAGCAGCUGCUCCUGGCUGCCCGCACACCAGGGGGUCCUCCAUGCAUCAGCUGCGCCGUGGUGGGCAAUGGCGGCAUCUUGAACGAUUCGCGAGUGGGCCAGGAGAUCGAUGGCCAUGACUACGUGUUCCGGGUGAGCGGGGCUGUGAUCCAGGGCUACGAGCAGGACGUGGGCACUCGGACUUCCUUCUAUGGCUUCACCGCCUUCUCGCUGGCCGCUUCGUUCCUGCAGCUGGGGAGGCGGGGUUUCCGGCAGAUUCCCUCCGGGAAGGAUGUCCAUUACCUGCACUUCCUGGAGGGUGAGCGGGACUACGAGUGGCUGAAGGCACUCCUCCAGGACCAGGUCCUGGAGACCGACAACUUCACAUGGUUCCGGCAGCGGCCCCGGCAACUGUUCCGUGAUGCCUUCCGCCUGGACCGGUACCUGCUCCUGCACCCGGACCUUCUCCGCUACAUGAAGAACCGAUUCCUGCGGUCCAAGGCCCUGGAGAAGGAGUUUUGGCGGUUGUACCGCCCCACCACCGGCGCCCUGAUGCUGCUCACCGCCCUGCAUCUCUGCGAUCGGGUGAGCGCCUACGGCUACAUCACGGAGGGCCACGAGCGCUUCUCCGACCACUACUACGACGAGAAGUGGCAGCCGCUCCUGUUCUACAUCAACCACGACUUCGAGCUGGAGCGGCAACUGUGGAAGCGCCUGCACGACGAAGGUGUGAUGCGGCUGUUCCAACGCGCCUGAGCUGCAGGCCGCCGGGCGCAGGGGCGGCCGGGGUCUGCCCGCUCUGAAAGAGCAUGCACCCUCCAGGACCGGCGAGCUGCAUUUAGGCCGUGGGUUGGCCCAAGGGCCCUGGGUGGAUGAGGAGGGACGGCCUCCUGGAUCUGGGAAGUAGUCGGGGGAUAUGUAACCGAAAUGGGAGGCGAAUAAAGGGCCAAGUUCGAGAU